ACGGCAUUGAGACAUUUUGGUAAAGUGCCUAAAGGUCCUGCCUCCUCGCGGUGACAGCUCAAUGUCAAGCGAUAGAUUUGCUAGUGCAUUGAGUGAUUGACAAGCACGAGACAAGCAGGGGAAGAGACUCUUGGCCAGUGCACUCUGAUAUUUGGGCAACUUGUGUGCGGGCAGCAGGCAGCUGGACCAGGAAGUGGCAGCCAUGUGGAGCAGGCAACGUAUGCGCCAUAAGCCGCUUUGGGCCCUAAUAUCCUUGACCGUUUUGCUGCUGGUCUUGGAUAAAAGCAAUGCCAACACGGAGACAGAUGAGACCACCAGCACAUCGGAGCCAGAUGCAUCUCCUGGCUGUCGGGCACCGGAUGUGCGCUUUACGAUUGUCAAGCCGGACGAGACGACGGAGCAGCCGUAUGCCAAAUUCGAGACCACGCAGGUCUACCUGCCCGAGGACUUCACCACAGCCGAUGUGGAGUUUGUCGACUCGGUGGCCCGCAAUCCCAGCGAGAACCACGCGGCCAUUGUGAAUCCCUACUCCCUGGACCUGGGCGAUGAGCAUCUGCAUGUUGGCGACGCGGCCGCCAGCCUGGUGGCCGACGACGACGAGCUGGAUGACGAGGAGGAGCCGGGCACGGACACGGACGAUGGGAAGAAGCGCACGAACGGCAACCGCAAGCAGGGCAAGAAGCGUCGCUCCGGCUCCGGGCGACGCCGCCGCAUAGAGAAUGACAACGGGCAGACGGGUCGGGGCCGCGGCAGUCGAUACAAGCGGCAUGCCAUACUCCAUGACGCGGAUGCCUCGUCGGACACGGACCGGUGGGCGGGCAGCAAGCUCGCCGCCGAGGGGGAUGUCUACUACGUGCACAUUGCCGACAUCCUGAAGAGCCGCGAACCGAAUCGGGCGCUGCGCUCCAAGCUGCACAAGCUCAAGCAGAAGGCCAAGAUGAGGAAGUGCCUGGCGGAGGGCAACAAGGAGCAGUGCGCCAAGCUCAAGACAAAGACAAAGAAGAAGAAGCUGGAGCAGGAGCAGGAGGAGCAGAACCAGAAGCACAAAUCGGCCCAAGUCGAACGGAAGACAGAAGCGGAACCCAAGGAAGCGCAGCAGCCGCUGGAAGUGGAUAUGGACCGGCCAGAAACCUCUGGCCAUCAUCGCCGACGCGGUGACAGUCACGAUGCAGAGCUCGACCAGCGUGACCUGAAUCCGCGUUGGCGCAGCCGUCGCAGCAUCGAUGCCAAGGGCGAUCUUGGCCAGCUGCAGCUGCAGCUGCAAACGGAUGCAGUGGCAGAGGCAAAGGCAAAGGCAAAGACAGAGUUGGAGGCGGUGGAGAAUCAGUCCCAAUAUCGCUACGAGAAUCAGUCGAGCAGUGCAGCAGUGGCCCUGCAACGUGUAAAGCGCAAGUCGGGCAAGACCACGGGUGCACUGAGCCGUCCGAAAGGUGGUGGCGACUCCAGUUCGAAGACCACCAGUCGCAAGGACAAGGGCAUAUACGACGAGGAGGCCGGCUACUCGCCCGUCCAUCCCGACGACACCGAGUUCGACGAGGAGGAGGAGGAGGAGGAGGAGGUGGACAUACUGCAGCAGUUCACCGAGGUAUCCGAGAUUCGAUUUCCGGGCGAGAUUGGGCCCAUGGGCGAUCGACGACUCUGCAAGAUACGCUGUGUGAAGGGCAAGUGGGUGGGACCGCUGUGCGCCACCAAUGAGGAGGAUGAUAACGGGAAUGUGAAGUUUCAGCCGCUGUACAAGAGCUGCCACGUGAACCGGAUACCGUCGCAUCUGCUGCUCAGCUAUCGCAACAUCUCAGUGACACCGAUACCACCAAAUCGCGGCUGGCGUAAAACGCGCUUAUCCAAAUCGACACUUCUCUCAAAUACAGAAAUUAACGUUGGCUGGGAUCUGCCGCAUGGACACUCACUGCAGGCACGCUGCCAGGAAUUGGGCAUCUACAAGCUGCUGGGGGAGUCGCGAGUACUCUGCUCCAACGGCCUGUGGGCACCCCGCAUGCCCAGCUGUGUGCCCACCACCGUGCUGACCAACUACUCGGAGGACAGUGCCCCCUCCAUCCGCAUCAAGGUCUUCAAUGGCUCACACUCGUUCGAACCCUCCGGCGUGAUGGCUGUGCCCCCGCACAGCACCGUGCUGAUGGACUGCAUGUAUCCCCGGGUGCGGGGAACUCCCGAGUGGAGCUGGACCAGCUGGUACAUGCAGUACGCGACAGGUUGGUCGCCGGCGCAGGAGGAGAAGGCCGUACGCUAUCGGCUGAGCAUCAAGAAUAUCGAGAACAAUGACUCGGGCACCUUUACCUGCACAUCGCCACGCGGACUCACGAACAGCAUUGCCGUCGUGGUGGCCACUUCGACGUGCCCGCAGCUGACAGAGCCGCUGGCGCCGCUCAAGCUGCGCCUCGAAGGCAACAAGCUCGGCCAGCGUGCUCUGUACGAAUGCCCCGAGGGCUUCCGGCUGGAUGGCGCUUGGAACGCCACCUGCCUGGCCUCCGGCAAUUGGUCAUCGCCGCCGCCAACAUGCCACUCCAUCCAAUGUCCGCGCCUCGAACUCGACGAUCCCCAUCUCAGUCUCAUUGAACUCAAUACCUCGGCAUGGGGGCGCGCGGUGUUCAAAUGCCAGUGGGGUUUCAAGUUGACCGGACCGGCGCAGCUGGACUGUGAGCCGACGGGCGUCUGGAGUGGCCCCGUUCCGCGCUGCAAAGUCAUUCAGUGCGUGAUGCCAGUGGCGCCGCUCAACGGACGCAUCGGUGGCAUCGGUGGCCAGCGGCGGCUGACCGUGGGCGCUCUGGUCACAUUCAGUUGCAACGAUGGUCACACCCUGGUUGGCGAGUCGAGCAUCAUUUGCACGGAGAACGGAUUCUGGUCGCACUCGCCGCCAUUUUGCAAGUCGCAGUGUCCGUAUCCCGGCGACCCGCCCAACGGUCUGAUAGCUCCCCUCAAAUUCAACUACGAUGCGGGCGACUACCUGAGCGUCCAGUGCCGCCCAGGCUUUGUCCAGACCAACGAGGACCACCGGAAUACGGGGCCGCCCGAGCGACCGAAGUGCCAGCCCGAUGGCAAGUGGUCGGGACCGCUGCCCAAGUGCCGCAGCUACGAGGAGGUGUAACCGCACAAACAAAGAGCAUAUCCGACGGCCAUUCCAUUCGAUUGAUACUGGCAGCCCUAAUUUAGUAUUAUGAACCACCCAUCCAACGUGAAUAAUGAGAAUGAUAUUGUAUACAAUUGUGUGUGGUAGAAGAAAUUCCAAAUUCAACACAACAAGAAGACAAAACCAGAAGGACAAAAAAGAACAUCAAGAAACCGAGUGAUAUUUAGAUUAACUUAGUGAGAGGUAUCAAAAUUAAUAGAUAUUUUACUAGAUAUGUUCAUUCAACACCUAAAUUAUAUACAUACAUACAUAUGUAUAUUUUAUUGCAUUGCACUGCAUUCAUACAGAUAUUCUUUGGUCAGAGCUCUCUCUCUCUCUCUCUCUCUUACGCUACCCCUGCUGCACAGGCCCGCACACGAAAAAGUCACUCUUCUCCAAAAGAUUAGGUCUCGAGCAAGCGUAUAUAUACGUAUAUAUAGAAGAUACAUACAUAUGUACUCGUAUUUUGUUCGUCAGAUUGUAAAAGUUUGCAAAUAAUAUUCAGUAAUCGUUUCGCUUGAAGUUUGAACAGAAUAAUUCUUGUACUAAAUAUACAUAUAAACGAAUAUUUAAUCCAAUGCUAAUUACAGGUAUUUAUGUAUUAUGGUUGCAAAUCAAAACUUGCAUAACAAAUGUAAAUGUUUUAAACAAACACACACUUACCCACAGUAAAUAUAUAUACAUACAAUACAUAUACAUAUACAGAAAA